AUGUGUGGAAUUCUCGGUUGCGUUCUCGCCAAUCAGAGCUGCAAUGUGGCUCCCGAACUCUUCGAGGGUGCCAUGUUCUUACAACAUCGUGGACAAGAUGCCGCUGGAAUUGUCACAUGUGGUCAACGUGGCCGCCUUUACCAAUGCAAGGGUAACGGUAUGGCCCGUGAUGUUUUCACCCAGGCCCGUAUGAACAACCUUGUUGGUAACAUGGGUAUCACCCACUUGAGAUACCCUACGGCUGGGUCCAGUGCUGGCAGCGAGGCCCAGCCUUUCUAUGUCAACUCUCCUUAUGGUAUUUCCAUGAGUCACAACGGUAACUUGGUCAACUCCGCCGAUUUGCGCAAGUACUUGGACGAGACUGUGCACAGACACAUCAACACCGACUCUGACUCAGAGCUCUUGCUUAACAUUUUCGCUGCUGAGUUGGACAAGUUCAACAAAUCCAGAGUCAACAACACCGAUGUUUUCAGCGCUUUGCGCGAGACCAUGACUCAGAUCCGUGGUGCCUACGCUGUGGUUGCCAUGAUCGCAGGUUACGGCCUCAUCGGUUUCCGUGAUCCAAACGGUAUUAGACCACUCUUGUUCGGAGAGAGAGAGAACGCGGAUGGUACCAUCGAUUACCUGAUCGCCUCUGAGUCUGUUGUAUUGAAGGCUCAAGGCUACAACAAGUUCAGAGAUAUUGCUCCUGGUGAGGCUGUCAUUAUCCGCAAGGAGUACACCGCCGGCCAAGAACCUGAAUUCAAGCAGGUGGUCGAGCCAAAGAUCUUUACUCCUGAUAUUUUUGAGUACGUCUACUUCGCUCGUCCUGAUUCCGUGAUGGACGGCGUUUCUGUGUACCGUUCCAGAAUUGAGAUGGGUAACAAGUUGGCCACCAAGAUCCGUAAAUACUUCCCAAACAAUGAUGUUUUGGGCGAGAUCGAUGUUGUCAUCCCUGUUCCAGACACUGCUAGAACUUCCGCUUUGCAAUGUGCUGUUUCCUUGAAUGUCCCUUACCGUGAGGGCUUCGUGAAGAACAGAUACAUUGGCCGUACAUUCAUUAUGCCAAACCAGGCGGAGAGACGCUCCAGUGUUAGACGUAAGUUGAACGCCAUGGAGUCCGAGUUCAAGGGCCGCAAUGUUUUGUUAGUGGACGACUCCAUUGUCAGAGGUACCACUUCCAAAGAGAUUGUUAUCAUGGCUAGAGAGGCUGGUGCCAAGAAGGUCUUCUUUGCCUCUUGUGCUCCUCCUAUCAGAUAUAACCACAUCUAUGGUAUUGACUUGGCUGACACCAAGGCUCUCGUUGGCUUUAACCGUACCGAGAAAGAAAUUGCAGAGACAAUUGGUGCCGAUGAGGUCUUCUACCAAGACUUGGGCGAUUUGGAAGAGUGCUGCAGAGGCGGCCCUGCUGAAAAGUUCGAGGUUGGUGUUUUCACUGGAGAGUACGUGACCGGUAUCGAAGACAACUAUAUUCAAGAAUUGGAGAAGAUACGAGCACAAAACCAAAGAAUCAAGGACGCCAACAAGGGUUUGAGCGUCGACUCUUGCAUAGAUGCCAGUGACAUGGUUGAUGUCAAGGCUGAGGUGGAUAUUUCCAUUUACAACACUGGCGACUACGUUGCUAAUUAG